UCUGCUGACUCGAUAGAGCCGGAGAGAUACACAUUCACGCACGCCGAGACCGAAAGAGCGGCGGCCAGAGAGCGGACACUAACACGACAAGCACCCGCACGUGAACAGGGCAGUCCGCCCGCCUGCCCGCUCCGGAUGCUUCGCGGCCAGCUGGUAGGCAUGGAGCUGCCCCGGCAACCCACUUGCCCGGUGCCAAGGUUGCUGCUACUGCUGUUGUGGAGCCUGGUUCUGCCUUGGCCUGGUGAAGGAUCCCAGCGCAGUAAACCCAUGUUCACAGCAAUCACGGAUCAAAUCCUUCCUCCUGACUAUGACAGCAACCCGACUCAGCUCAACUAUGGUGUGGCUGUGACCGAUGUAGACCAGGAUGGAGACUUUGAGAUUGUCGUUGCUGGGUACAAUGGACCCAACCUGGUGCUGAAGUACGACAAGGCACGGGGCCAGCUGUUAAAUCUUGCAGUGGAUGAACACAGCUCCCCCUACUAUGCACUGAGGGAUCGCCAGGGCAAUGCAAUUGGUGUGACAGCCUGUGACAUUGAUGGAGAUGGAUGGGAGGAAAUUUACUUCCUAAACACCAAUAAUGCCUUUUCUGGUGUAGCCACCUAUACAGAUAAACUAUUCAAGUUCCGCAAUGGGCGCUGGGAGGACAUCUUGAGCGAUGAGGUGAACCGGGGUGUAGCAAGCCGGUUUGCUGGGCGUUCUGUGGCUUGCGUAGACAGGCUGGGGUCUGGCCGCUAUUCCAUUUACAUAGCUAACUAUGCCAAUGGAAGAGUUGGUCCUCAUGCCCUCAUUGAGAUGGACACAGCUGCCAGUGACCUAGAGCAUGGUAUUGUGGCACUGAAUGAUGUGGCUGCAGAAGCUGGAGUCAAUAAAUUCACAGGGGGUCGGGGCAUAACGGUGGGUCCCAUUCUCAGUGAAGCUGCCUCUGACAUAUUUUGUGAUAAUGAGAACGGAGCCAACUUCCUCUUUCAGAACCAGGGCGACGGUACCUUCAUAGAUGUAGCACCCAGCACUGGGUUGGAUGAUCCCUACCAACAUGGUCGUGGAGUGGCUCUAGCUGACUUCAAUCGUGAUGGCAAAGUUGACCUAAUCUAUGGUAACUGGAAUGGACCACACCGGCUCUAUCUGCAGGUUAACGCAGGUGGGCGUAUCCGCUUCCGAGACAUUGCCACGCCCAAACUGUCCAUGCCAUCACCUGUCCGCACCGUCAUCGCUGCUGAUUUUGACAAUGACCAGGAAUUGGAGGUCUUCUUCAACAACAUCGCGUAUCGUGGCUCGUCUGCCAACCGCCUCUUCCGGGUUAUCCGUCGAGAACAUGCCGACCCAGCUAUUGAAGAACUAAACCCUGGCGAUGCUGUGGAACCAGAGGGGCGUGGCACAGGAGGAGCGGUGGUAGAUUUUGAUGGUGAUGGGAAGCUGGAUUUAAUUCUAUCACAUGGUGAAUCCAUGGCACAACCACUCUCAGUCUUCAAAGUCAAUGAGGGUGCUGGCAACAACUGGCUGCGGGUGAUUCCACGUACACGCUUUGGGGCAUUUGCUCGCGGUGCUAAAGUGGUGCUGUUCACACGGCACAGUGGUGCCCAUCUGCGCAUCAUUGAUGGAGGGUCUGGGUACUUGUGUGAGAUGGAGCCUGUUGCCCAUUUCGGCUUGGGACAGGAUGAACCCAGCAGCCUGGAAGUGACUUGGCCAGAUGGCAAGCUUAUCAGCAGAGCUGUAGUGAGCACUGAGAUCAAUUCUGUUCUGGAGAUUCUCUAUCCCAAAGACACACCAGGGCCACCCACCGUUUUAGUUCCUCUUGAGUGUGGCCAAGGAUUCUCUCAGCACAAGAAUGGGCGUUGUGUUGACAUGGAUGAGUGUGCAGAAUUUCCUUUUGUGUGUCCAAGAGGCAGGCCCAUCUGCAUCAACACAUAUGGUGGGUACCGUUGCCGCAGCAACAAGCGCUGUAACCGGGGCUUUGAACCCAAUGAGGACGGCACUGCUUGUGUUGCUCAAGUGGCCUUUUUCGGUGGAUAUCCUUCUUCAGGGAGCUGGCUGGGCUCGACCUUGCCAUCAGCCCCUCUCCUUUCACUUUGCCUUGGACUCUGCUUUUACUCCUAUGCACUUUAAGCCUUGCCAAUAAAGGACAGAAGCAGCCUUUAUGGAUGACUUAGCCUCCCCUCUCCUCCUUCCCUCCAUAUCCUCUCAUCCAGUUUUCUCAUGGUGGUCACUGGAAACAUAAACUGAGCAAUGUAAAAUCGGAUCAAAAUAUUUGAAUAUCCUUGGUGCAACUCUAGAAGAUUUUCUGUUAACCCAUCUCUGCUUGCAGCCUUGAAUAGGUGACACAUUGUUUGCACACCUCACAUCACUUUGUUGGAAAAUAGUCUCACCCUGCAGUGCAAGCUACAUCCUAAGAACUAGAGGUGCUUUCUUUCUGUAUACGUUUCUGAUGCACAAAAUGUAAAGGAUGGUUAUUAAAGGAUCAUGAAACAGUGUUGAAGAAGCAUAUAUUGCUACUACCAACUACACCAGCCUUUCCAGAGUUGCUGAGAAUUCUGGAAGUUGGGUCACACAGUUGGAGUGCACCGGGUUGUAAAAGACUGGAUGGACCAUUUCACUCUAAUUUCUUAUUCCUAAACAUUCACAUGACUGUUAUGACUGAAUAUGUACAAUGAAGUCUGCAUGGCUAGAAAACUCACCUGAGGAACCACUGCCAUUCUGGGUAGACAAUCUUGACAAAAUGAGAUCCGUUGCAUACUGAAGAGUCAGUAGCGACUAAAUGACAGAAUAGAAAUGCUGAACUGAAGGAACCUUUGCUCAACUUUAAUAUUAGGUAGCUUUCUAAGUUUCUGGAUCUGUGGGAUGAAUUUGUAUGAACAAUAAUAAAACAGCCAUUUGCAGUUUUAAGAUAUCUGGUUCCCUGGAAUGCUAGCACUUUCUUAGGUUCCAAGGCGAAAGUACAGGGAACUGGGAUACAAAUUGCUUUUACAGCUGUUCUGUCACUUAUAGUUGAAUGACUUCAUUCCUGCUAUGUGAUUAAAAAGAUCUGUUAUUGCAUAAA